CGUGAUCAUCUGGUUUCAAAGAACGGCCAAAGGAGCGCGCCGAUCAGUAGAGCUAGAUACGUGAAUUGGAUGGCGUGCGAUGGCUGUUGCUAACAACGUAAAGUCAUUGCGAUCGCCCUUCGUUGCGUAUUACAAUCCAAUCAACGCAUGUGAACAACUGGGAGUCCCAUCGUCCGUCGGAAACUGGAACGACAGUUCCGCGGGAUAGAAUAUCUUCGAUCAUCAAUUUUCAGUUCGUUUCAUUGUUUCUUGAUAGUACGAUUCGUACAAAAUGUCGGAAUCACAGAAAAGAAGGGAAGAAUCCAGAGGUAAUAUUCUCAGGAACCAUUCGUGGAGUAAUGGACCUGACAGCGACGACGAGCUGGGUGGCGAGAAUGGACUACUCAACGAAAAUAUAAGUCCAAGUCAUCAUCAAUCAACUCUAAAUGAUGAUCCAUCAGCGUGCAAUAUGACACUGUUUGUUGAGGAAAAAAUGCGUAGAAAAUUGAAAUUCUUCUUCAUGAAUCCAAUUGAAAAAUGGCGAGCAAAGCGUAGAUUUCCAUAUAAAUUUACUGUACAAGUUAUCAAAAUUCUGUUAGUCACUGUACAGUUGUGCUUAUUUGCUCAUAACAAUUACAUGCAUGUGAAUUAUGCUUGGGAUAAUAGAAUAGCUUUUUCACACCUGUUUCUCAGAGGUUGGGAUGCUAUUCAGGAGGUACCAACUUAUCCACCAGCAACAGGUCCCUUGGCAAUUUAUAAGAAAGAUGAUUUCUUCAACACAAUUGAUUAUGCUUUAAAUGGGUACUAUAAUCUUAGUAAUGCUAUUGGAUCAUAUUCAUACACUGAGGAAGAUAAUUCAAGAAGUUCAGUUGUCUUAUGCUUGUACCAAUAUAAGGAAGGUGUUAUAUUUGGUUUCAAUGAAAGUUACGUUUUUGACAAAGAAAUCGUGAAAACUUGCAUAAAUAUAACUCAUCAGUUUUACCAGCAAUUUAGUACAUCAAAGCGUUUGUUGUUCGACCAAAAUAUCGUUGUAAAUUUCUCGGCUCUUGUCAAAGCUCAUUUAAAAUUUGCCUUGAAAACAAUUAACUUAAAAGCUGCCGGACCAAUGGCACCACCAGACUGUUACCAAUUUGAUAUAAAAAUUACUUUCGACAAUCGUGAUUUCGACGGGCAGAUGUUGCUUUCAUUAGACGCUGAACCAACGAGAUUACAAUGUAAAGGUGAUACGCGUUACAUCGUGCAUAAUCACAUUGAAUCAAUUCUAAGAACUUUACUGAAUCUGCUCGUAAUUUUAAUUUGCACUGUAUCUCUUGCUUUGUGUUCAAGAGCCAUAUACAGAGCGCAAUUACUUAAAUUCGAAACUAUGAAUUUCUUCAAGAAAACUUACGGUACAUCGUUGAGUUUUGAGGGCAGAUUAGAAUUUCUGAAUCUAUGGUAUGUAAUGAUUAUCGUGAACGAUCUGUUAAUUAUCAUUGGCUCGGCGGUAAAAGAACAAAUUGAACGGAAACAGUUUGGUAGCGAUCAUUGGAACGUGUGUAGCAUAUUCCUUGGCACUGGAAAUUUACUCGUUUGGUUCGGCGUAUUGCGAUAUCUCGGCUUCUUCAAAACGUAUAACGUUGUUAUUUUAACGUUAAAAACAGCCGCACCGAAAGUAGCACGAUAUUUAAUAUGCGCGAUUCUUAUUUACGCUGGUUUUACGUUUUGCGGCUGGCUGAUAUUGGGCCCGUAUCACAUGAAGUUCAGAUCGCUCGCCACGACUUCUGAAUGUCUGUUUGCUUUGAUAAACGGCGAUGAUAUGUUCGCCACAUUUACUAUAAUGUCUUUCAAAUCGCCAAUACUAUGGUGGUAUUCUAGGAUCUAUUUAUACACCUUCAUUUCAUUGUACAUAUACGUGGUUUUAAGUUUAUUCAUUUCUGUGAUAAUGGACGCUUACGACACAAUUAAGGUUUAUUAUCGCGACGGUUUCCCGAAAAAUGAUUUGCAAACUUUUAUAGCUGCUUGUACAGACGAAGCAUCCAGCGGUCUCUAUAGAGAUGAUUGUGAGAAAAGCGAUUUAUCCGAGCUGAUAGAUCGAUUAUUUUGUUGUCGGAAAAGACCCUUUUACGGGUCAUUCACAGAUUCAAACACAGAAAUCUCAACGAAGCCGGAACAAGCGUGCGGGGGGGCAAUCUGUAUAUAGUCCAUUAAUCGACAAUAAUGUAUUAGAUAGAUCAUAUGGUUCCACGGCAGAUAUUGGGUAUUAUAAUGACAAUUUUGUCAUAUAAAGUAUUUUUUUAAUGAAAUUGUUACGAUUAUAUUUUUUGUUUGUUUUGAAUACUGCGGUUGGCUGCCAUUUUUAUAUUUUAUAUAUGUAUGUUACUAACGAUAGAUAAUUCCGUUCACUUCCGUUUGCGUACUGCGGAAUAUUUUUGCUAAAAAUAUUUCUGCAGAAAGUGUGCGGGUGUACAUUCGAGUGCAACUUAGGCUUCACGAUUGGGAGAGCCAAAGAGAGUCUAACAUAGAACCUCCGCUCCCACAAAUAAAAUAUAUGUACAAAUAAGGCAAAUGAGAAGACAUUUUUGUCUCUACCCUUUUCUUUCAUUAAGGGAAGCCUCAGUUGUACAUAAUAAUAACGGCAAUAAUGUCGUUCAUACACAGUAUAAUUUAUAAAGUAUUAACGCACGAUAAUUGUAGAAAGUUAAUCUUUCUGCCAAAAACAUUUAAUGAUGCAAAGUGUAUGUAAAAAUCAUAUAUCUUCUUAUUAAGGAACAAUUACAUGUAUAAACAAAACUGUAAUGCCAAAGUCAUUAAGGAAAGUCAUCGUGCACAGUUUUGUAUGUACACAAACUUGUAUAAAUAUUAAGUCUUAUUUUCCAUACAACCGUGGACGAAAUUAAUUUUGAAAUGUGAGGAAUAGAAGAAAAUAUAUUUCUAUUAAAAGUGUCAUUAAACGUGAAGUAGUGAAUUACAAGACUAAUUGUUAGAUGACUAGAUACUUAA